GCUAGUUUUGUUGCAUCUGGAAACAGGACUGAUAUUUCACUAGAUGAUCCCAACUUCUGGCAGAAAUGGGCCAAAAAAGCAGAAAUAGAUAUAGAUGCUAUCAGUGGUAGAAACAGCCUGGUUAUUGAUACCCCAAGAAUUAGGAAACAAACACGGCCCUUUAGUGCUACAAAAGAUGAGCUGGCUGAAUUGUCUGAGGUGGAGAGCGAGGGUGAUGAUAAACCAAAACUCCGCAGGCCUUGUGACCGUUCCAGUGGAUACGGAAGAACAGAGUGCUUUCGGGUGGAAAAGAACUUGCUGGUCUAUGGGUGGGGUCGAUGGAGAGAAAUUUUGUCACAUGGUCGCUUCAAGAGACAGCUGAAUGAACAGGAUGUGGAAAUAAUUUGCCGAGCUCUGUUAGCCUAUUGUCUUGUUCACUACAGAGGAGAUGAGAAAAUAAAAAGUUUUAUAUGGGAUCUCAUUACCCCAACAGAGAAUGGGCAAACACGAGAGCUACAGAAUCACCUUGGCUUAUCAGCCCCUGUGCCUAGAGGAAGAAAAGGAAAAAAAGUGAAGACCCAGGCUAGCACUUUUGAUAUACACAAAGCAGAAUGGCUUCGAAAAUACAAUCCAGAACACCUGUUGCAAGAUGAAGGAUACAAAAAGCACAUAAAACACCAUUGCAACAAGGUGUUGCUUCGAGUAAGAAUGCUGUAUUACUUAAAACAAGAAGUCAUUGGUAAUGAAUUCCGAAAGGCAGAUAAAUCCCUUCUAAUUGGAGUUUUUAAACAUGGUUAUGAAAAAUACAACACUAUCAGAGCAGACCCAGCGCUGUGCUUCUUGGAAAGGGUUGGCAAGCCAGAUGAAAAAGCAGUCGCUGCCGAACAGAGGGCAAAUGAUUAUAUGGAUGGGGACGUAGAAGAUCCAGAAUACAAACCAGCACCAGCAAUGUUUAAAGAUGACAUAGAGGAUGAUGUUUCAUCCCCAGGUGAUCUAGUAAUAGCAGAUGGAGACGGACAAAUGAUGGAAGGAGACAAAAUAUAUUGGCCCACUCAGUCUGCCUUAACAACACGUCUUCGCCGCCUAAUAACAGCUUAUCAACGAUCAAGUAAAAAUAGGCAGGCCCAGCAGAUCCAGCCAGCAUUCCCAUUACAAACCAGUGUGAUGCAGCCUCCAUAUGAAGAAGCUGCUCUAAAUCCAAAGAUGGCUGCUAAGAUUGAAAGACAGCAAAGAUGGACGAGAAGAGAAGAAGCUGAUUUUUACAGAGUUGUGUCCACAUUUGGAGUGGUGUUUGAUCCUGAAAGAGGACGAUUUGAUUGGACCAAAUUUAGAGCAAUGGCUAGGCUACAUAAGAAAACUGAUGAGAGCUUAGAGAAGUACUUGUAUGCAUUUAUGUCAAUGUGCCGGAGAGUCUGUCGUCUCCCCUCAAAAGAAGAACUUGUAGACCCAAGCAUAUUUAUCCAACCAAUUACAGAGGAGCGUGCUUCUCGGACAUUGUAUCGCAUUGAACUCCUAAGGAAAGUGCGAGAACAGGCUCUUAGACACCCACAGUUGUUUGAACGACUAAAACUAUGUCAGCCAAACCCAGACUUACCUGUCUGGUGGGAAUGUGGGACUCAUGACAGGGAUCUACUUAUUGGAGCUGCUAAACAUGGAGUUAGCAGGACAGAUUAUCAUAUUCUUCGUGAUCCUGAACUCUCAUUUAUGUCUGCACAGAGGAACUAUAAUCAAAAUAAAGUGGCACUCUCAAGGACUUCUACUCCACUCUUGCAUCAGUACCAGAUGGCAUUAUCUGCUUCUCCUCUUACAUCUCAUUCAAGGUUGUCAGAUGCUAAAGUGAAUGCUUUUGAGGACAUAAAAGCUAAAAAUGAAAAUAUGAAAGAGGACCCUCAGUCUUCUGAAGAGGAAUCUAUGUCUACAGAGGAGACACCAACCAUAAUGAAAACUGAACCCCUGAGUCCAAAAAAUGGCACACCAAUACAAAAUACAGACCACAAACCUAGCGUGAAGACUGAAACAGAUAGGCGCAUGGUGGCAGCAAGGACUGAGCCUCUAACUCCAAACCCAGCUUCCAAAAAACAGAGAGUCAGCAAAAGGGGAUCUGACUCUAGCUCUGACUCAGAUUCUGACUCAGAUAGAUCAUCCUGUUCUUCCAGGUCAUCUUCUUCAUCCUCCUCAUCUUCCUCAUCUUGUUCACACUCUCGAUCAGGCUCUAGCUCUUCAUCAUCUUCAUCUUGUUCUUCAGCAUCUUCAUCCUCCUCCUCCUCAUCCUCAUCAUCGUCGUCGUCGUCAUCAUCGUCGUCUGAAGAGAGUGAUAGUGAGGAAGAGGAGGCACAAAAACGUG